AUUAAGUUGGGUGACAAAUUUGAGAGCAUGCAACUUCUCCAUUUGGGUGGAUGAAGUGUGCACGUGAAAGAUUCCUGCUGCUGCUGCAUCAGGCAAUGGUCGAUGCGAUGCGACUAGCUCACACUCACAUGAGUUGGUGUGCAGAAAGAGACGAUGCGCCUGGGCUGGGGGGCGUCAACCGUGAAGCCGCGUUGCGUAGCAUCUGGAAUGAGUUGUCCCCUCGCCUGGAGGGGGUGGCAAAGAUACCUUUCUCGGGUCGCGCCUGGUGGAAAUUAUCUUUUUUUUAGGGGUGCCUGGUGGAAAUUACCUGACGGAGAUCGAUCGAGCUGUGCAGUUUUGACACCCUGACGGGUACCGCAACAGACGAUGCAUGUGACACCUCCUUGCAGAACCACAAUUCGUACAGUAUCCGUGUACGACAUAUGCAUUUAAUUUUCAGAACAAUACAAAUGGGACAAGUAGCUCAAUAAUUUUUCCAGAUUUUGGUUUGAUGGGGUCCCCUCCUUAAGAAGAAGACACCCUUCAAAAAUUAGUGUAUGCUGCUUAUUGUGGCGUGCACACGGUAUUCUUUAGUAAAAGGCGAAAGAAUAGUUCGCUUUGUGCUCACCACGCAGCUGCGUGCUUUACUUCACUGCACCCUCGCUCUCUUAUAUAGCCAGCCACCCGUUCGUUCUCGCUCCCGCUGGCGAGGUGGUACUAUUGUCCCGGGUCUCAAUUCUCACCGGCAGCACCACAACGCACAACACUUCAGCCCAGGGCUACCACUGCCACGGGCCGCAUACAGACUUGAGUUUCGGCCCAUCCUUUACGCCUCCCUUUUGACCUUUCCCCUCGCACCUCUCGCCUCUCCACGCACAAACAAGCAGACAGACCGGAGUGAGUCGAGUGACUGACUGGGAGGGAAAGCAGACGAGCGGAGUCUGCGUCCACGCGGCGAACAAGGGAGGUCGACGGCGGCCUGAGGCCCGCGCGUGCCUCCUCCAUUGCCCCCCGUCAAGGUAACAGCCAUGAAGGUCAAAAUUCUUCAGUGGCAUGCGGUGGCUUCUUGGACAUGGGACGCACAAGAUGAGACAUGUGGCAUAUGCAGGAUGGCUUUUGACGGCUGCUGCCCUGAUUGUAAGUUCCCUGGUGAUGAUUGCCCAAUCAUUUGGGGUGCCUGCAACCAUGCUUUCCAUCUUCACUGCAUACUCAAGUGGGUCAAUUCUCAAACAUCAACCCCCCUUUGCCCCAUGUGCCGUAGGGAGUGGCAGUUCAAGGGCUAAGGAUGUCUCAAACUAUGUCAGUACCAAGAGUUUUCAUAUCUCCUCGUAGAAAACUAGAAUGAAUGUGUAACUGGAAUGUAGUUGGGUUGUCUUGUAAGUGCCCUGCCAUACUUUCUGGAAGUCAGGAAUGUCGGCAUCUUUUAAGUGAAACCAUGAGACCUUUGAGCCACAGCCAUUGUGUCUUUUCAAGUUGUGACCAUGCAAAAUUCAAUGAUUGACUUUGAAAAGUCCAAGCAGCC